CUGGUUGAAGAGAGAGACCUGUUCCUGACUAUGUCGAGGAGAAAGUUGGAGAGUAAAGGCCUUUCUGGCUUGUUAGCUACAUCUCUGCAGACACAAAUCAAGACGGACAAUUUCCAUGAUUUUUAUAUGCUUGAAUCGAAAGAGCUAGGAAGAGGAAGAUGUGCUGUGGUUAGAAAAUGUAUAGCUAAAUCCACAGGCCAAGAGUAUGCAGCUAAAUUUUUAAAGAAAAGAAGAAGAGGUCAAGACUGCAAAGCAGAGAUUCUUCAUGAAAUUGCUGUACUUGAACUAAUGAAAUCUAAUCCUCGCGUAGUUAAUCUCCAUGAAGUCUAUGAAACAGCAAAUGAAAUCAUCUUAGUGUUGGAAUAUGCUGCUGGAGGGGAAAUAUUUGACUUGUGCGUUCCAGAUCUGGAUGACAGAAUUGGUGAAAGGGAUAUUGUAAGACUUAUAAGACAAAUACUUGAAGGACUUUGCUGCUUGCAUGAAAACAAUAUUGUUCAUCUUGAUUUAAAGCCUCAAAAUAUUUUGCUGAGCAGCGUCAAUCCUCUUGGUGAUGUAAAAAUUGUAGAUUUUGGUAUGUCUCGGAAGCUUGAGAAUUCUAGUGAGCUGCGGCAGAUUAUGGGAACAACAGAGUAUCUAGCUCCAGAAAUCUUAAACUACGAUCCUAUUACCACAGCUACAGAUAUGUGGAACAUAGGUGUAAUUUCAUACAUGCUGCUGACACAAGAAUCUCCAUUUGUGGGAGCUGAUAAUCAAGAAACUUACCUUAAUAUAUCUCAAGUCAAUGUGGAUUAUUCAGAAGAAACAUUUUCAUCAGUUUCCCAGCCAGCCAAAGAUUUCAUUCAAAAACUUCUCAUAAAAAAUCCAGAGGAAAGACCUACAGCAGAGGCCUGUCUUUCUCAUUUGUGGUUGCAGCAAGGGGAGUUCAUACUCUUGUGUAGCCCAGAAGAAACGUCUUGCUCUUCUCUGAUGCCAGGACACACACCAAAAUGCUCAGAAGAGCGGAAUGUGAAAUCCAGUUGUAAUGGUACCUGUAGCAACAAGGAAGACAAAGAAAACAUUCCAGAGGACAGCAGUACAGUCUCCAAACGCUUCCGCUUUGAUGAUUCGUUGCAGUAUCCUCAAGACUUCAUGACAGACUUCGUAUGUUAAUAUGCAAUAUAGACUUCUAUAAAAUGAAUUUAGCAUAAUCUAUUCCAGUGGCAAAUAUAAGAUUAUGGCUUGCCAAUUUGUGCAGCACUGCAGCAUUGGCAUACUGGAAAUGC